AUGCCGUUUCUUCCUCACCAUUCGCUGCUGCGAGUGGACCUGCCCGCGUUUCAUGCCAUCGACACAACCUCCGUCGAGGAUCUAUAUGGGAUGAGCCGUCCGCUGACCGACUCCCAGUGGUCCGUCUUCUCCAAAACGUCGCACGCCAUGCACAACGGCAAGCGUUACGAAAACAUGAGCUGGCGGCUCAUGAACCGCGAGACAUUCUGUUGUGCACCUGAACUGAAGCGAAGGUCCGCUGCUGCUACUUCAUCGACGGUCUCACUCGCGGCGAAUUCGGCAACGAGCGCUUCCGGCAGCCUGACUCUGCCAGCGCUGUCCUCCAGCCUCGACUCUACCUCAGACGACGAAGGUCUCCCGUCACCUUCGAUCAGCAAUUCCGAAUGUCGAUCCUCGUAUAGGCGCGGCGAAAAGUACAUGGCACCCAUCAACCUCAAACGCAUCGUCAACACCAUCCAGGAGAGCGGUCUGCAGCCCAUCCAUCUGUCCUUGCCAAGCGCAGCCACCCCGUCGCAGGAGCACAUCUCUCCUGCCCAAUCGCAGGAGCUUCCCUCGGAGCCCACCAGCACCGAGAGUUCCCAGAUUGCGCGGUCGUCGUCGCAGAGCACCAUUAUGGAAUCGUCCGCAUCCACCCUCGGCUCGAACCCAACUACCAAGAGCUGCCUCAUAGACCCGCGGUCACAACCGGUCGGUUCACAAGCCAGCUCCCACACCGAAGUCAGCACUCACAGCAUCAUUCGAGGCUUCGUCCCAGGAGGUGCGCCUUCAUCCUACCGCUCACAGACCCACCUUCCCACCCAACCGACGCCCAUCCUCAAAUCAGCCAAUCGCGCACCCUCGGCGGCAAAGAAGAAGGGAGCCAUGUUCACCAUCGGAACGUCGUCGGGCGAGGAGGAAAGCUCUCUGGACAGCCACAUGCACAAAAGCGCCGUGGUCGAAUGCAUGCAGCGGCCCGCCACCACCACCUCAGCCACCAAGAAGCAGACUUCGUUCAAGGACGAGAUCGAGAUCGGCUGUGCCGCCCGGGACAGUCCGGUCUUUGAUGACUCGGACGAAUCGGACGAAGAAGUAUCCGAAAGCGCCAUCGAGGACGACGACGACUCGUCUGAUUGGGAGGAUUCGGAUGAUGGCAGCGGUCCCUCGUCCAUGUACGAUCGAGAGCUAUUCCAACGGGUCGACUCUCGCCCAAACCUGGCCUCCCGCCGUUCGCUCCUCACCACAGCGCUCCACGAGCCGGAUCGUGCGCAGGCGCUCGCCGACGCCGCAUCGCGCUCGACCCCGGCCCUCCAUCGCUCACGGAAACCGACGCUCAACGGCCCGUCGUUGGCCACGUCGCCUACGACGGCCAUCGCGGACGGAGGCAUGGAGUGGGCUGGACAAGGUCCCUCGCACGCGCGCCCCAUCAUCCGGACGACAUCGAACAUCCAGGGCCCGAUGGCACUGUCGCCACGCACCACCCGGCGCAACAUGCUCUCCACGGAACUGACGGAGUCCCUCCGAAAGAAUCUCCUAUGGGAGCGACAGCACCGGAGCACGGGCAACCUAGCGGCCCUCAAACGACGUCACACCUCCCACGACGUCAAGAACCUCCGGCAGCACGCCGAAGCAGGCCCGGUCCUCUCCCAACGCGAUCCCUCCCAAUUCAACAACGACUUCUUCAACGCCGGACUCGGGGAGUACCACACCAAAGGCUGGUGAGCGCUCGACCUUUCACCUACCCUUGAGGAGGACCCUCGACCUCUCUGCGUGAAAAAAGCUUUCUCUUCUCUGUUCUUCAAUUCAAUAGCGCGCGUCCUUACUCCAUUCGAGCGGUUCAGCGAGAGUUGUUCAUUUUUGAUGAUCCUUUACCACGCCUGUGGCAGACACAGGGUGUCGACGGCCACAAAUCGUUUCGCGGCAUUGU